AUGGACGAAAUAUCGACAAAUUCAACUGAGGGGUAUUCUCAAGGCACUGGUACUCACAGCCAAGAUUCAUCUGGUGCCUCUUCUGUCAACUACGACGCGGUCAAUGUCGUCGCUGUCGCUGGCAACGGUGCCCUCGACCGAAUCGAGUCGCUUCUCGAAGCAAUUGUUGAUGCUGUCACGACCGGAAACGAAAUCCUGAUUCCCUACAGAACUGUCCGAGCAUCACGCCCCGGGCGCUCACAAGGCCCGCCAGCGGCGCGCCAAGCUGGUGUGGUGAGAUUCCCAGGUCGUACCAUCCAGGAAGCGAAGAAAUUUGAAGCCUUACUAUGCAUCAUUGAGCUUUCCCACGAGGCUUUACUGUCGGGAAUGUUGAUCACCAAGAGGUCUGUUUUAAUCAGAAACAUAUACUACCAAAGUCCAGAUCUUUUCGGCUCACAAGCUGCAGUUGAUGUCAUGGUGGACAAUCUUGCUUUCACCCUCGGUGUCGGCCGAGGCGAUUUGAACAUUGUUGCGACAGCCAAAGGCCUUAUUUCAGGCCCCUUCAUGUUGAUCAGUCGAGACGGUUCCGUCAUUGACUGUGGGCUCUCUCAUAGUACCGGUAUUCUUUUGCCAUCCACAAGCGAGAUCCGGAGCAUUGGCUUUCAUGAGGUGCAGUGGAUUUUGCUCAAUAUGCAAAGAACUCCCGAGCAGGUCACGGAAUCCUCAUCACGGUAUGGCUUCAAUAUUACAGAUGAUGUGUUCAUAACUAAGUUCUCUGUCUGCCAGGCCAAAGGAUUCCCUGACUUGGCCACCCGAAGGUUCUUGUCUGUUGUACAUUCCAUGCGGCCGAGUCUAGUGAUUUUUGGUCUCGCAGACUUUGACCCUGACGGUAUUUCCAUUGUCAGAACAUACCAGAAUGGCAGUAGACGCCUAGAGCAUGAGAACGAGGCAACUGUCCCCUCGCUCUGCUGGCUUGGGAUUAAGAGUCGCGAUCUCCUCUCUUCAUGGCAAAGUCCAGCAGUUGACGAUGAGGAGGACCAAGAAUUACAUGGAACCACAGGCGGGGGAUCUCCUCAAUUGGUGGAAAGUGAGCAGGUCCCCUUCUUUCUGUUUCAUUUUCAAAAUCCAAGCGACAAAGUGUCCUCUCUCACUUUGAGGGACCGAAAGAAAGCUGGCGAUAUCCUGAGGGCCAUUUCCUCUGUCGAGCUGCCCUCCGGCGGCGGGUUGGAACAUGCACAGGAACUACAGCGCAUGCUGAUGUUGAACAUCAAAGCUGAGAUACAGGCCGUGGACAGUUAUGGGGAUCUGAGUACCUGGCUGGAUGACAAUCUCUGCGCGAGAAUGCACGCGGACUAG